AUGCACAGACAUGACACAGACACACAGUCACUGCAGCUGCCGCUGAGCCCGGGGCAGAGCGGCGGCGGGCAUCCACCCCGCUCCCGGCACCCGCGGAACGGCAGCGGCGGCCGCCCUCGCGCCUGCCUCCGCCUCGGCCCGCCGGGCGCAGCGCCGGCGGCGGGCAGCCUCGGCACCGAGACCCGCAGGGGGCAGCCUGGCACAGGGCGCCGGAGGGAGCCGCAACGGCCGCGGCGGUGCCGGAGGGAGCCUCUCCGUGAUCGGCUCCACGGUGCCGGUGACCUUCCCGGGGCUGCUCGCCGCCCGCCAGGCCGGGGCAGGGCCUCCUCUCCCCGCGGAGAGUGUGCGCCAGGCCCCGGGGAGAGGACAGGAGGCCGGGCCGGAAUCCCCCGUCGCCCCCGGGUCCUUCUGGCCGCCGGCGGGGCCUGUGCGCCGUGCGGCUCGCCGCCGGGGAGAGGGGCGGGGGAAGGCGAGCGGGACGGACGGACGGGGCCGGGCUGCACCUCAGGACAGCGCGAAGCAGGGAGCGGGCAGGCCCUGGAGAGAGAGCUGGGCGGAGGAGGAGGCAGCCACCUCGGCGGCGCAUCCCGGGAAGAGUGGGGACCUCCCCGCUUCCCUCCUCCUCCUCCUCCCACCGUCAGCGGCACCUCGUCCCGCGGAGAGUGGAGUCGCCGGUGCCGCCCCGGCUGGGACCCGCCGGCUGACACCUCCGGAGCGCCAGGCUGCGGGAACGGAGCUGGGGCGAAGGAGGGGGAAGGACCGCUUGCUUGCACGGAGAGGCGGGUGCCGAGCCCCCGUCCUGGCGGCCCGGGAGCCACCCGGGGAUGGUGUCCUGUGACGGCCCUUGAUCAGCAAGGCUGCAAGUCAUGUAGAAGCAGCGGUAACUGCAGAGUCUCUGAUGGAUAAUUGGAUAGGGCCUGGGACUCUUUCAAGCAGAUCCCUGAAGAGACCAAAGUCUGCUGUCCUGAAGUCCAGGGCUGUGAUCUUGGGUUUUGCCCUGCUCCCUCCUCUCAGGA